AUGGAUCCACAGCGAAUUCCUAACGAACUCUGGGAUGAUCGUCUGGCCAAGGCACGUGCAAUGGGAUUAAAUACGAUCUUUUCUUAUAUUUAUUGGGACCAGCUUGAACCCUCGAAAGGUUCGUGGGAAAACAGUGGCAACAACGAUAUUGCUCGGUACUUCAGAACCGCCCAAGACCAUGGGUUGAAUGUGGUCCUACGACCAGGGCCUUACAUCUGUGGCGAACAUGAAUGGGGAGGGUUCCCUGCCUGGCUGAGCGAAGUGCCUGGGAUGGUUGUUCGCACAAAUAACAAUGCUUUCCUCGAAGCCUCCCGGUCGUACAUGCACAAUCUCGCGGGAGAUUUGAAGCAACUUACUAUCUUAAAUGGAGGCCCCAUCCUUAUGGUCCAAGUUGAGAAUGAAUACGGGUCCUACGGAAGCAAUCACCAAUACAUAGCGGCCCUACGAGACAUUCUGAAAGACGCAUUUGGCGAUGUGGUCCUUUAUACCAAUGAUGGCGGCACUCGGUCUAUGCUUGAAGGUGGCCAAAUUUCGGGCGCUUUAGCUGAGACCGACGGUGACCCCAAGACGGGCUUUAGUGCACGCGACAAGUAUGUUACUGACUCUAGUAGCCUUGGUCCUCAACUCGAUGGGGAGUACUAUAUUACCUGGCUUGAUCAGUGGGCAAGUAAUAAUUCUUAUCAGACGGAUUCCGGAGACACCGAAAAGAUUCAAAGCAUUCAGUCCGAUCUUGAUUGGAUUCUAAAAAGGAAUGCUUCAUUUAACAUAUAUAUGUUCCAUGGCGGAACCAACUGGGGAUUUCAAAAUGGUGCCGAUUGGGGUGAUGCAUUAGAGCCGAUCACUACCAGCUAUGACUAUGGUGCACCUCUUGAUGAAAGUGGGCGACCAAACGAUAUCUAUCAAGCUCUUCGUCGAACAAUCGGUGACUACAUUGGAGUCGACGGCAUACCCUCUGUUCCGGCCGACAAACCCUUGAUCAAGAUCCCUGAUAUUCAGCUUACACCCAUUGGGAAAUUGUUUGAUUCACUCCCAAAACCAAUCAUAAAACAAUAUCCUGUCAAUAUGGAAGCAGUUGGCCAGUCAGUAGGACUGAUUCUCUACCGGCAUAUAGCCACAUCUUCUGUUAGCGGCAUUGUGCAGCCUGGUGACGCUCCCCGAGACCGAGUUCUCGUGUAUGUCAACGGUCAGCGUGUUGGCGUAAUUGAUAACACCUAUGCGGCACCAAGCUCUGUUCAACUGUCCGUGAAGAAAGGUGAUGUUCUAGACCUUUUGAUUGAGAAUAUGGGUCGUGUCAAUUACGGAUCAAAGAUAGUGGAUCAGCGCAAGGGAGUUGUUGGAAAUAUCACAGUCGGUGGUGAUGUUCUAGCCAAUUGGCAGAUGUACCCCCUCCCACUUAGUGCACCCCCAAGCUCAGAACCUACCUACACGAUGACUACGCCUUCAACAGGUUCCGGACCGGUUUUUUAUGGAGGUGCAUUUGAUGUGGACACUAUUGGUGAUACUUUCUUGGAGCUUCCAGGAUGGACCAAGGGCGUUGUCUGGGUCAAUGGUAUUAACCUAGGCCGAUAUUGGACUGUUGGCCCACAGCAGACCCUCUACUUACCAGGUUGCUAUCUCCAAAAAAGCGAAAACAAGAUUAAUAUUCUGGCUUUGGAGCCCACAGGCAAUGAAGGCUAUGUUCGUGGUAUAACUACGCGAAAGUGGGGGAAUAAUAUGGAUCCCGACGCUCCUUGA